AUGAGUGAAGAGACGGUCCCCGAGGCUGCCUCCCCGCCGCCCCCCCAGGGGCAGCAUUACUUUGACCGCUUCUCUGAAGAUGACCCCGAGUACCUGCGCCUUCGCAACCGCGCAGCGGACCUGCGGCAGGACUUCAACCUGAUGGAGCAGAAGAAGCGUGUCACCAUGAUCCUGCAGAGCCCCUCUUUCAGGGAGGAGCUGGAAGGCCUCAUCCAGGAGCAGAUGAAGAAGGGGAACAACUCCUCCAACAUCUGGGCCCUGCGGCAGAUCGCGGACUUCAUGGCCAGCACCUCCCACGCAGUCUUCCCAACAUCUUCCAUGAACUUCUCCAUGAUGACGCCUAUCAAUGACCUCCACACUGCUGACUCCCUGAACCUGGCCAAGGGGGAGCGGCUCAUGCGAUGCAAGAUCAGCAGUGUCUACCGGCUCCUGGACCUCUAUGGCUGGGCCCAGCUGAGUGACACCUAUGUCACGUUGAGAGUCAGUAAGGAGCAAGACCACUUCCUGAUUAGCCCUAAGGGAGUUUCUUGCAGUGAAGUCACAGCAUCCAGCCUGAUCAAGGUGAACGUCCUGGGAGAGGUGGUGGAGAAGGGCAGCAGCUGCUUCCCAGUGGACACCACAGGCUUCUGUCUGCACUCGGCCAUCUACGCCGCCAGACCAGACGUGCGCUGCGUCAUCCACCUGCACACGCCGGCCACGGCAGCGGUGUCAGCCAUGAAGUGUGGCCUCCUGCCUGUCUCCCACAAUUCCUUGCUGGUGGGGGACAUGGCCUACUAUGACUUCAACGGGGAAAUGGAGCAGGAAGCUGAUCGGAUCAACCUGCAGAAGUGCCUUGGACCCACCUGCAAGAUCCUGGUGCUAAGAAACCAUGGAGUGGUUGCUCUAGGUGACACUGUAGAGGAGGCGUUUUAUAAGAUCUUCCACCUGCAGGCUGCGUGUGAGAUACAGGUGUCGGCUCUGUCCAGUGCUGGGGGUGUGGAGAACCUCAUCCUCCUGGAGCAGGAGAAGCACCGGCCCCAUGAGGUGGGCUCUGUGCAGUGGGCUGGGAGCACCUUCGGGCCCAUGCAGAAGAGCCGGCUGGGGGAGCAUGAGUUUGAGGCCCUCAUGAGGAUGCUGGACAACCUGGGCUAUAGAACUGGCUACACAUACCGCCACCCCUUUGUCCAAGAGAAAACCAAACACAAAAGUGAGGUGGAGAUUCCAGCCACGGUCACAGCCUUCGUGUUUGAGGAGGACGGCACCCCAGUCCCCACCCUGCGACAGCACGCCCAGAAACAGCAGAAGGAGAAGACACGCUGGCUGAACACGCCCAACACCUACCUGCGGGUCAAUGUGGCCGACGAGGUCCAGAGGAGCAUGGGCAGCCCCCGACCCAAGACCACAUGGAUGAAAGCUGACGAGGUGGAGAAGUCCAGCAGUGGCAUGCCCAUAAGGAUCGAAAACCCAAACCAAUUUGUGCCUCUCUACACCGACCCCCAGGAAGUGCUGGAAAUGAGGAACAAGAUUCGAGAACAAAACAGACAGGAUGUGAAGUCAGCGGGGCCUCAGUCCCAGCUCCUGGCGAGUGUCAUCGCUGAGAAGAGCCGGAGCCCGUCUACAGAGAGCCAGCUGAUGUCCAAGGGUGACGAGGAUACCAAAGACGAUUCAGAGGAGACAGUGCCCAACCCCUUCAGCCAACUCACUGACCAGGAGCUGGAGGAGUACAAGAAAGAGGUGGAGAGGAAGAAACUAGAACUUGAAGGAGAAAAGGAACCCGCCACAGAAGAGCCUAGCUCACCUGUGAAGUCAGCACCUGCUUCUCCAGCACAGAGCCCAGUGAAGGCAGAGACAAAGAGCCCUGUGGUCUCUCCUUCCAAGUCUUCAGAGGAAGAUGCUAAGAAGACAGAAACAAGCAAAGCCACCGCAGAGCCGGAAACAACUCAGCCAGAAGGGGUGGUGGUCAACGGGAGGGAGGAGGAGCAGACCGCGGAGGACAUCCUCAGCAAGGGCUUGAGCCAGAUGACCACCGGUGCUGACACGGAUGUCGAUACCUCCAAGGACAAAACUGAGUCAGUCACCAGCGGCCCCAUGUCCCCAGAGGGCUCACCUUCCAAGUCUCCCUCAAAGAAGAAAAAGAAAUUCAGAACCCCCUCCUUCCUGAAAAAGAGCAAAAAGAAGGAGAAAGUGGAGUCCUGA